AUGUUCCGUUACGAACCCACCGGGCUGAUAGUCGAGGUCCGCUAUGAACCAGCCCAAGCGGAGGUGCAGAAAGGGUGGGAUCCCGUCACAUAUGGGGUCGCCACCCAUAAAGAUCUCGACGAGUGGGCGGCGUGGCUCGACUCAAUGAAAGUUAAGCGAAGUCCUAUUUACAUGGGCAUUAAAGCGUGGGUAUUGGCCUGCGAAGGCCCGGACGGGAAGAUAGUACGCCUUUAUGUUGAGGACGAGGAGCAUGAAUGGACUGAUAAGCCCGAUCAAGAUGAAUACUGGCUUGGAAAUGUGCAAGCUGAUCCAUCGGCAUAA